CUAAAAAUAGCCCAUUUACGCCUUACCAAAAAUGCUCUCACCAAGCCAACAGUUUAGCUUCCAAAUCAAGAACCAACAAUUUCUGUGAUUCAUCAAUGGCGUUUCCCUUCCAUUGCGGUUCGUGCCCUGUGGUAAAGAAUAUACUUCUUUUGGAUUCCGAAGGAAAACGUGUAGCAGUUAAAUACUACUGUGAUGACUGGCCAACACACAGCUCCAAACUUGCAUUUGAGAAGUCUAUUUUUACCAAGACUCAAAAGACGAAUGCUCGAACUGAAGCUGAGAUAGCAAUGUUUGACAGUAACAUUGUUGUCUAUAAGUUUGUGCAAGACCUUCACUUCUUUGUGACGGGAGGUGAUGAUGAAAAUGAACUGAUUCUAGCCACUGUUCUCCAGGGCUUCUAUGAUGCAGUUACCCUUUUACUCAGGAGUAAUGUUGAACAGAGGGAGGCUCUUGAAAACUUGGAUUUGAUUCUUCUGUGCCUAGAUGAGAUUGUGGAUGGAGGGAUGAUUCUUGAAACAGAUGGUACUGUCAUUGCCGGCAAAGUUGCCAGUCAUAAUAUGGAUGACGGGUCACCCAUUUCCGAACAGACAAUCAGUCAAGCUUUGGCAACGGCUCGUGAGCAUUUCACAAGAUCACUUCUCAGAUGAAGCAUCGAAUGAAUUGACUUCAUUCUUUAGAAGUGUCGUCCCCAAAUCAUUUAGAUGUUUUUUCCUUAGGAUGGAGAUGCAGUCCAUCCUUCAAGUCUAUUCGCGUUAUUAAUUCAUAGAAUGUCCUCUUUCUGUUAAUUUUAAUUCUUUUACUCCAAAGAUUGUUUAGCUACUUGUACUAGUCCAGCCAUUACACAAGCUGGAUUUUACAAGUAUUUUACACAUUGACUUUGUUAUAGAGAGGCUUUGACAAUUUAAUACAUUUUCGUGCUCGUUACUGUAAUACACAUGAUUUUCUUUUC